UUGGGUUUUACUGCUUGCUUUUCUUUUAAAGUUACUUUUAUGUCUAAUGACCCGCUACGCUCGCUUUACGAAAAAAUGUUAUAGCCCCACUAAGUGGGAAGACUUUAAAGAUGUAAAAGUUUCAAAUAAAGGAUCAAAGAAGCAAGUCAAGAACAAAUAUAAAAGAGUGCAAGACAAGGAGACUUAUUGUGAAUCUAAAAGAAAUAGAGAAGAUAGCAGUACUUGUUUAACUUCAAGACCAGCGACGGCCACACCUUUAUUUUCCUCUUCAGCUCACGAGAGUAUAAACUCUUCUCUUCUUUCUUUUACAUGCAGUAUAAAAGAAGACGUCCCUUUGCUAGAAAACAAUUCUAACAUUGCUCGAGCAGACUUCAAAAAAAAAGUUUAUAACUGCCAAGGUAGCGAAUCUAUAGAAAUUUUAAAAACUUCACCGGCUUUUAAACCAUCUAAAAGACUCGCCACCCCUUAG